AUGGCACCUCUGAGUAUGAUUUCCUCGCACCUGUUCCUGUUGAUGUUAAACUGUUUGCUGGGUGCUGCAUCAGUUAGGAUCAUGAAAGGGGGCUCUGUGAGCGCACAGGACAGCAGCUUCCUCCAGCCCUCGUCGGACCCGUUCUUAGAUGAUCUGGAGCAGGACAUGGUCACCCGGCACAUGUCAAAACUGUACGAGAAAUACAACAGGGAAAACCGCCUCAGAGAGGGAAACACCGUCAGGAGUUUCAGAGCCAGCCAAGACUUGUCAGACCACAGGACUCUGUACCGACUAAACCUCACAACCCUCCAGGACUCAGAGCUUAUCCUUUCUGCCACAUUCCACUUCCUGCUCGAUCGGCACCCUCAUCAAAAACCCUGGUUCUGUAAACGCUUCAAACGCCCAUCCUGUCGUUCCUCAGCCGUCCAACCUUCUCCGUCCAUCAGCCUGCUCCUUCGCUCUGUCUCCUCUGGGUCAGAGAUUAGAUCUGGGUCAAUGGGAUCACUUCUAGGCAAUGUGACCUUCCACCCCCACAGGAGAGGGGUGUGGCAGAUGAAAGAUGUGACCCAGGUCAUAAAGGAGGCAUGGGACAAAGGUCAUCUCCUGGUGUCAGUGGAGUUGGACUUAGGGCAACAGUACCAGAGGAAACCAGAGGGGGAACUGUCUGGUGGCGGCCUGCCCUACCUGUUAUUGUAUGCUAAAGACCAAGCCCUGGCAGAGCCCAACAGCGUGGCUGCAAGCCUUCAGAGAUAUGACCCAAUCAGCGAUGGAGGAGAGCCCUCACAUUCUUCCCACAGACUUAACUCCUCACCAGAGUCGAAAGGACGCAAGAAAAGGGAAGCAACGUUGCUCUCUUAUCCCAUUCAGAACAAUGAGCUACCUGAGGUUGACUACAUGCCUGAUGGAUACAGGAAGGAUCACCUUUGGGAGAGCACUUGGUACCUGGCACUCAAACCUAAAUUAGAAAGGAAGGAAAAAAAGAGAAAGAGCCAGGAAGAAGGAAUGGAGCAAGGUAGAGGAGCACAUGAUGAAGAAGAACCUUGGGUUCUCAAAGAAGAAGAAAGAACAUCACAAGGGCUCAAACCUGACGACUCAACAGAGAAAAAACCCCAAAACAGUCGCAUUCUGACUACCAGCGAUGGACGAAAGCAUGAGCGGAGAAAUGAGGGAAAGGACGGAAAAAAGCACAAGGAGAACACUAACUCUCAGUCGCCUGUUCUGAGUUUUGAUGAACAAACAAUGCGUAAGGCAAGAAGGAGGCAGUGGAGCGAAACCCAGCACAGAGGCUGCUCCAGGAGGAACCUCAGAGUGGAUUUUGCUGACAUUGGCUGGAGCGAGUGGGUCAUAGCACCCAUGGCCUUUGAUGCCUACUACUGUGCUGGCACAUGUGGAUUCCCAAUGCCCAAGGCGACGAGGCCAUCAAACCACGCCACCAUUCAGAGCAUAGUCCGUGCCGUUGGGAUCAUCCCUGGUGUUCCUGAGCCCUGCUGUGUCCCAGAAAAGAUGAGUCCUCUGGCCGUGCUCUACCAAGAUGAAUCCAAGAACCCAGUGCUCAAGGUCUACCCCAAUAUGUCCGUCCAGUCCUGCUCCUGCAGAUAGGAAGGGGAGGCCAAUGAGGGCAGAGGACAAAACAGGGUGGAUGUGCAGAGAAACAGAAAACAGGACUAAUAGAGACAGAACCCUACCUCUGUUUGUUAAGUGCUUUCUUGAUUCUGAGAAACAAAGUCACUUUGGCCGUCGUUAUUCCUUGAGAAACAAAGGCUGUAGAAAAAUCACUUCCAUCUCUUUUGUCCUGCGGCAGCAGACAUGAAUAGACACAUUGUCUGGCAUCUGCCAUAGCAAGAGGAACAGAGUCACACAUGUAAAGUCAGGGCUCCGCAUGUCUAAGAAACCCAGUUGUUUUGAUUCUGUGUCUGAGAAAAUGUUAAAGAUUUCAUGAAAAGGAGCAUUUUUCCUUUUAUCUCAGAAAGUAAUUACUUUUCAGACAGCUCACAGUGACUGUGUUCAUGUUUUCUUUGGACACAAAGGCUAUAAAUAAAAGACUAUCAAUGUGUCAUCGGGCAGCUUACACAGUCACAUACAGAUGACAGAAACACAUUUUUUUCAUACUGUGUACAGCUGUUCAUACUUUGAAACAAAUCAUACGCCACAUUGUAGAUACAUGCAACAUUAAUUUGUUUGCGAGACAAGAAGAUUAUUGUAUAUUCUUGUUCUGUAUAUCCUAAAAAAGAAAUAUCCAAUGGAUCAUAGAGAGCAUCUGAAAAUCAUUUACACCGACCAACCCCCUCAUAACACUUCAAGAAUGUUUUAAUGAAACCAGAAAUAUUUUUCUAUUUUGAAUGUGAAACUUAAAAAUAAUUUGCUAUUGUUACUAGGUUAAGUAUUACUAUGUUCUAGAUGAGAUGGUGUUUUGUACAUGUGUAUUGUUUAAAUUAUGAAAAGGUAGCCUUCUAUAAAUUAGAAUAAAAAAAGUAAUUUAAUCCAA